GGUGCCUCACAAAAUAUUCCCCGGCUGAGGCUGAUUCCCAAAGAUGCCGUGACGAGAACUUUCAAUCAGAAGGAAAAGCUGAUCUCCAUGUUCCAUGAAGCUGGGUCCCCUCAGCUGAUUGUCGGAGGGCGAGGAACAGUCUGGAUUCUGACAUUUGUGGAGUCCGAGAUCACGCCCACUGAGGUGCCAGUCCACGUCGAAGAGAAGGCCAAGAAGGAUUGUGAGAGAGCAGAGAAGGGCAACUGCGACAACUUCAUCCAGAUGAUCGAAAGGAUAGAGAAUAAAAUCCUGGUCUGUGGCACGAACGCGGGUGCUCCCAAAUGCUGGAUUUUGGUCAACACGACACUGCAGAGAAGCAGCCAGGGUCAAAUUUUCACCAUUCUGGGGGAGAACGUGAUCUCAUCCUCACCCUUGCAAAGCGCCGUCACUAUCGCCAUCGAGGACAACCUGUAUUCUGCCUUAUCUGGGAAUAAAAGUUCCUUCCAGAGGAGUUACGGACGGAAAAAGGGGAUCAAGACGAGGGACAGUUGGCUCAGCAAUGCCGAGUUCGAAGGAGCAGCCCUCUUCCCACACAGGGAUCGAAGGAAAGACGAAAUUUUCUUCUUCUACAAUGAGGUCAACCGGUCAGCCGGCCUGGAUGAGGAGCUCUACAAAAUUUGGAUUGGACGCGUGUGCAAGGUGGAUCAGGGAGAGAAACCAGCCUCGGGUGAUUUCUGGAGCACCUUCCUCAAAGCGAGGCUGGUGUGUGGAAGCCCCCAUGAGCCCCUGCUUUUCCACCACCUGGAGGACACCUUCGUUGUCAGAGAGGAGGGCCAGACCGAAACAACGUUGUAUGGGGUCUUCUCCAGCCCAUGGGGCACGUCCGCAGUUUGUGCCUACUCGAUGAACCGAAUCAGCUCCUAUUUCGAAACUUCCAAAUUCAAGGGGGCUUCAGGCCCCGUCCCUUAUCCCAGACCUGGCAAUUGUGUUCCACCAGAUUCGAGCGCUUCCUUGGCCAAAAUGCUGUCCUUCAUUAAAGACCACCCAGAGUUAGAAGCUGUGAUCUAUCCAGAUGAGGAGCAACCUCUGUAUGUCCUCCAGAUGAACGACACGUACACUCAGGUGGUGGUGGACAAGGCCCGGGAUGCCAACAACGUAUCCCGUGAUGUUCUCUUUCUUGGAACUGCCAAAGGGAAGAUCCAUAAAGUCCUCCGAAGCAAAGAACAGACGGUGAUCAUCGCUGAGUUAAGCCCCUUCAAGAAGGAAGCCCCUGUCACCCAGAUGAUCCUGGAUGCCACAACGGGCUACCUCUACAUGAGCACCGAGUUCGAAGUCACGCGUCUACCGUUGCAAGACUGCAGCCAAUACCACGGCAAUUGCUGGAACUGCAUUUUGGCUCGGGACCCUUACUGUGGGUGGGAUGCAGCUGCCAAGACUUGUUCCACCGUCUCCCAGAAAAACCACACUAACAGGUUGAUUCAGAGCCUGGAUUCCUCCAGCACCACUCAGGCGUGCAAAGCAGCGGAAGAGAAAUUAGCUCAGGACGCCAUCAAGAAAGUCAGCGUCGAUCGCACGGCUUACGUCUACCUCCCCUGCCCGCUGAGGUCCCGCCACGCCAGCUACAGCUGGGUCAAGGACAACAAGGUUUACCCCUGUGCCAUGGAGGACCAAUCCUGCACGCUUCGCUUCGGGCAGCAAACGCCGAUGGACGAAGGCCUCUUCAAGUGCACGGCUAGGGAAAAAGGCUACAAGGAGGAAAUUGCGGGGUUUGAGGUCGCGCUAAGUAGCGGGGGGAUCCCGGAGCUGGCGCUGAUGCUUUCGGGAGCCGCGUUCCUUGCCAUAACCAUCCUUUUGCUAUAGGCCACCAGGUCCUUAAGCUAGGAGUGGAUCUCAUCACACUGCCAAAACAAAUCUUUUUUUUUUCCAUCGCUGUUCUUUUUUACAAAAUAAUAAUAAAACAGGAGAAUUGGCUCUCGGCCGCACCGAGGACGCCAAAUUCCAGGGGAGACAGAUGUGAGUCUCCGUCUGGAAGCUUCGCAUGUGCGUUUUUCUUCCCCCCCACCCCACCCCAGGUCACCAGUCUGUCCAACCGUAGAGACGAGGUUUGGUGGUGGUGAUAGGAGAGCCAGAAAAAUAAAUCUUGCUGUUGUUUUCUUUCCUGGGGAGAUUAAGCGAUGGAUGAGUUGUUUUUUUUCCUCAUCUGAAAAUGCAAUUUAAGGAAGUCCCUCGUCAUUAAGGUCUCAUUUUGACUUCCUGGUGACCUUCACCGACUCAGUUUCUUUCCAGCUUUGAAGGGCAAAAUAUGUCUGGGUUUUGCAAGAAAUAUAUCCUGGGCAUGAGGUUUUAAAGCCUGUCAUUUUAAUCCUUCCUGUUGCAUGUGCACUGCGCAACUACAAUUCUUUUUUUUUAAUUGCCGCAAAGCUCUGAGCCAGGGACGCCUUUCCA